CACAACCUGGUCACUCACACUUGUGAAACGAUCGCUCAAGGGGCGAGUGCAAGGUGACGUCACUUUGCAUUCCACGCAACACCACAAACAUGCACCCAAGUCGUGGUGGUCUUGCGCUGUUGAUGGUACUAGCUGGCCUGCCUCCCAUGCUGCAUGCCAUCCACCAUGGUCAACGUGAACAAGGUGCUGGGUCGUUGGAGGUCAUGGUCAUCCCUGGCGAAAGCGUGCAGGACCGGGCACUUCCACAUGCCCGUGCAUCAAUUGACUUGUUUGAGCCCUCGGACGAUUGGAAGGAGAUUGGCCCAGAUCAACAACUGCCAGGGGUCAGCAUUCCCUCCCUUUCUAUUUCAUACAUGCGUACUAGUAGUAACCUGACGAUCUUGCGUUGUUGUUGAAUUGUUACUGCUUGCGGUAUACAUAGGGACUAUGGAUUCGAAUCAACCUCUCAACAGGCAAGAAAGAAGCCCGAAACUUGCCAACGUAACGUCCGUCACAGCUGUCGACCAAGACACGGACAUUCAAACACGACUUCAUUGGAAUCACUGUGAUUAUUACUUCAAAGUCCUCUCGUACAACAACCACGUGGCUUGAUUGGAAUACCACCGAACGAACGUUACAUUAUAAAGUUAGUAUAAAGAUACCAUGUCACAGG